AUGGUCCCCUCGAAACGUGAUCCCACGAUGGAUGUCUGUCUGAAUGAGGCCGACCGGCCUGAAGCGCUCCUUAACAAGGACGGGCUCAAAACUUGGGGCUUCGUGAUCUAUCGAUGCACCUACCAAAACAAUUCUGACUGGGAAAAAUUCAUGGCUCGCUUCCUGAGCGUCGUCCCGGAUUACCUUGAGUUUUACAGUGGCCUUGAUCUCCUCGACACAUUUGCCCCAACGGUCUUGGAAGACCCCUCCUUCGAGGGCACGACAGUUGCUACUCUAGGCGAGCACUUCAAUCUGUGGGCUAAGGUCUCAUUGAAAGAGGAAAAAGGUGGUCCUGAAGACUAUUAUGUACGGAUCGGCCGAUACCGGUUUUUCAUCAUGGUGGACCAGGAGGCCAUGGAAUUGGUUCUGAGCGCCCCCAAGCAUGAUUAUGAGACAAGUUUUGUUCGCGUGAGGUACUCAAUGAAGAGGAUCAGGAACGGCGAUGUUCCUGAGCCGGAGGAGCCCCUUGAGGGGUGUACUGAGAAUGAUGUGGGUUGGAUGAAAGUGUGCUGGGCUUACGUAGGGCUUCCAGGAUUCCACAAGUUGCUUGACAAGGAAUCUGGGAAGUGUGUUAUGCUCGGCCGCCGGGAAAGUGCCGACAUCCUUUGA